AUGCAAACAUGGACUCUGUCGGCAGUCAUGGAUUCCACCAUUCCAUGGCAAACCACUUGGAACCUGGAGGCUUUUCGGCAUCAAUUGAUGAUUUCAUCGGCAAGGAGCACGCUGGGAAGCACUGCUGGUGCUGCAAACCUGCUUGCUGUCAGGCAGCCUCAGCCUCAGCCCCAGCCCCAGCCUCAGCCCCAGCCCCAGCCCCAGCCUCAGCCUCAGCCUGCCGACACGCCCAGACCAGAUCAAGACUGA